AUGGCUACGGUGGCGGCCAGCAGCCGCAGUGAAGCCGCCUUCAGCAGUCUUGGCAACGGCGGCUUUGCUGGGGUAUGGAUCAAGGAUCAUCAAGAAAGCGACUCGGCCAGCUAUGGCCGCGCCUGCGACCUGAUGGGACUGAGCGGGCUUCAGAAGACUACUGCAAUGCAGCUCAUCGAAGGAGUGGAGAUUGAGCAGCGUGGCUCGCGGGUGGCGGUGCAGUUCCUUACAAUGGUGCCCUUCUUCAAGGUGACCGAGACGUACACCUUAGGCGGGGUGGUCACCAUGGCACGGCGCGACUUGCGGCGCGGAAGCCAGCAAGCUUGCGCGGCAGCGUCCCCCGGCGGCAGCCUUGAUGUGCAGAUCACGUGGGCGGCUCCCAAUGCGGGCACCAUCAAGGAGCAGUAUCGCCUUGUGGGCAGAGACACGCUCGAGUGUCAGUCCACUGUGGAAGUUGCGGCGGGCAGCGUUACCACCCGCACUGUGUACCGCAGGAGCGCCGGGUGGCGGCCAAGAUUUCAAUGGAAUAUGGUGAUGCGCGGCAGCACCGGGUGA